AUGACAUUCAUGCUCACCGCGCUGCGAGCGCACGGAUUCCGUGGGGCGGAGUGCAAGAGCCGGGGCGGGGUGCAAGGGCUGGGGCGGGGUGCAAGGGCCGGGGCGGGGUGCAAGAGCCCGGGCGGGGUGCAAGGGCCAGGGCAGGGCCUCUGCGCCCGGGCCGCCUCUUCUGGUUAUAAAGAGAGCACGCGGGCUUGUAGGCGCCACCACGCGUCUUACCAGCACAGGUUCCUCUUCGCUUCUCGCUUCCGAUCUCCUGCCUCACCUCUGCUCGAAAUGGACCCCAACUGCUCCUGCUCCACUGGUGACUCCUGCACCUGCGCCGGCUCCUGCAAAUGCAAGGACUGCAAAUGUACCUCCUGUAAGAAGAGCUGCUGCUCCUGCUGCCCCGUGGGCUGUGCCCGGUGCGCCCAGGGCUGCAUCUGCAAAGGAGCAUCGGACAAGUGCAGCUGCUGUGCAUGACGUCACGGAGAGCCUGCUUCCUGAUGUAAAUAGAGCAACGUAUUCAAACCUACAUUGUUUUGUACAACCCUGACCCGUUUGCUACAUUCAUUCCCUUUCUUUUUUAUAAGAUACAUGAAUGAUAAUAAAAGUUGCUGCCUUUA